AUGCUUUUGCCCCCGGCGUGGUACCAGAAGUACCAGUUUCUGGUUGGCGUCUUCGCCUCCCUCGGAUCUUUCCUUUAUGGAUACGAUCUGGGUGUGAUCGCAGAAGUCAUUGCAAGUGAAUCAUUCAAGUCAAAAUUCGAAGCGAAUGAUACGGAGACCGGGCUGGUGGUUUCCAUGUUCACGGCCGGUGCGUUCUUCGGAGCUGCUGGUGCAGGUCCCAGUGGGGAUUCGCUUGGAAGACGAUGGACCAUCAUUGUCGGUUGCCUUGUCUUCUGCCUUGGUGGAGCUCUCCAGACAGGAGCUCAGUCUGUGGACUACCUAUACAGCGGAAGAUUCCUGGCUGGAUUUGGUGUCGGUUUCCUCACCAUGAUUGUUCCGCUGUACCAGGCAGAAAUUUGCCAUCCAGAUAUCCGAGGCCGAGUGACAGCCUUGCAACAAUUUAUGCUGGGCGUGGGCGCGCUCUGCGCUGCUUGGAUUUCGUACGGCACGUACAUCGGCUUCGCCCCGACCGACCAUACCCAGUGGCGGUUGCCUUUGGGACUGCAGAUUGCUCCCGCUGUGUGCCUAGGUCUAUUGAUUAUGCUGUUCCCGGAGUCACCCCGUUGGCUUAUUGACCAUGGACGUCACGAAGAGGGAUUGAAGACCCUCGCCAAACUCCAUGCACAUGGCAACGAGAACGACCCUUGGGUUGUCGCGGAAUACAACCAGAUUAGGGAGACCAUCACCUUUGAGCAUGAGCAUGAGGCCAAGUCUUACAUGGAGUUGUUCACUUCUCGCUCCUCUUUCCGCCGUCUCUUCCUCUGUUGUGCCCUCCAGGCAUCGGUGCAGAUGACUGGUGUUUCCGCAAUCCAAUACUAUUCCGUGACGAUCUAUGGCCAGAUCGGAAUUGAGGGUGACGAAACCCUGAGAUACCAAGCAAUCAACUCCGUGAUUGCCUUGGUGGCCCAGUUCCUGUGUAUGAUGUUUAUCGAUCGUUUCGGUCGUCGGUGGACAUUGAUCUGUGGAAACCUCGGCAACAUGGUGACUUUCAUCAUUGCCUGUGUUCUUCUGGCCAAGUUCCCUCCGGAAGUCAACAAUACGGGGGCUCACUGGGGCUUCAUUAUCAUGACAUGGCUGUACAAUUUCUCAUUCUCGUGCACUUGCGGUCCAUUGUCAUGGAUUAUCCCAGCUGAGGUAUUCGAUACCCGAACUCGUUCCAAGGGUGUCUCAAUCGCCACCAUGACCUCGUUUGCGUUCAACACGAUGAUCGGCCAAGUGACCCCGAUUGCGAUGACCAAUAUUCGCUACCGGUUUUACUUCGUGUUCAUCAUCUGUAACUUCACCAACGCGCUCUUCUUCUGGGCACUGCUGCCGGAGACGAAGAAACUCCCCCUGGAGGAGAUGAACUUUCUGUUCACCAACGCUCCGUGGUUUGUUCCCGGGACCAAGAAAGAAGAGUAUCUGCCCCACGACCUGGAGCGCAGACUGGAGGAGCAGGAAGAGAAGCGCCAGGCUUUUGCAACUCAUGAAGAGUGA